AUGCCUCGAACUCUCCCUGAAGAGCCCUCAGCCCAGCCCCGGUCACAUGAGAUCCCGAUUCGUCUAUUAAUACUAUCAUAUGUCCUACUUCUGCGCUUCAUACUUCUUGCAUACAAUUUUGGUGAGAGUUGGGCUGAUAGCUCGCUUGAAACACAUUCUCUUGAACUCAAGCUCCACUACCUGCUCGCAUUCACCAAUCACUCACCAGGGUUUGAGAGUCCAUCGAACGAUUCGAACCCGAAAGAGAAGCUUCAAAGUUUUAAGGCAAGAAUAUCCCAAACAUGGUCAGAAAGACGGUUUAUCGAACGUACACAAGCCGUCGAUAUUGUAGGAACGGCGUUCCGCAACGGGAUGGUUGGGAAGCAAAUGUUGGUUUCAUGCGAGUCUUCCAUUUUCCGGCUUGAUAUUGUCACCAUCGCUACGUGCUGUCGCUUACCCUCCUUCAGGAUACCACGUUUAACUCCUUGCGGAGUAAUUUCGCACCUUGUCUCCUUGCAGACUGAUGCUGCGCUUGUCUCCCUGAGGAGUGAGGUCACGCUCGUCUGCUACGGGGGAGACGAUCCGCUUGAUGCCAAGAUGAGAGUUAAUCUGCAUACCUGUGGGAACUUACGAAGGGUGCAGGAGCAGCUGCAGUAG